GUAAGAGCUCCUCCUCACUUCCUUUAACGUGUGUGUGCAUGUGUGCGCGUGUGUAUGUCUGUGCUGAGACAAUAGGUGUGAUGAGUUGGUAGGGAGUUUCUGCAGUCCAUGUUUGUACUGAGGUUUACCACACCUCUGUUCGUGUAGGAGUUUAGCCCUCGUGCCGCAUACUGUGUCAGCAUGGUCUGAUCUGAUCGUCUGAUAUCUGUAGCCUGAAUGGAGGGGAGGAAAGCCUCAUCCUAACACAUUCUUUAGCAGCUAGGUACAUGGUUUGGGGGUAUGAGAACUUGGGUGGGUAUACUUACAGCUGAGACCUGGGUGCAGACACUGCAGUUGGUACCCACCUGGCUAGUGUGUUGCUGAACAGCCAAAACCUGGGUGCAGACACUGCAGUUGGUAUCCCCUGGCUAGUGUGUUGCUGAACAGCUGAGACCUGGGUGCAGACACUGCAGUUGGUAUCCCCUGGCUAGUGUGUUGCUGAACAGCUGAGACCUGGGUGCAGACACUGCAGUUGGUACCCACCUGGCUAGUGUGUUGCUGAACAGCCAAAACCUGGGUGCAGACACUGCAGUUGGUAUCCCCUGGCUAGUGUGUUGCUGAACAGCUGAGACCUGGGUGCAGACACUGCAGUUGGUACCCACCUGGCUAGUGUGUUGCUGAACAGCUGAGACCUGGGUGCAGACACUGCAGUUGGUAUCCCCUGGCUAGUGUGUUGCUGAACAGCUGAGACCUGGGUGCAGACACUGCAGUUGGUACCCACCUGGCUAGUGUGUUGCUGAACAGCUGAGACCUGGGUGCAGACACUGCAGUUGGUAUCCCCUGGCUAGUGUGUUGCUGAACAGCUGAGACCUGGGUGCAGACACUGCAGUUGGUAUCCCCUGGCUAGUGUGUUGCUGUAUGCAGCAUCUAGAAUGUUUUAUCGCUGGAGCAGCACUGAUAAACGACAUGACUCAAAAUCUACCAAGCAGAAGAGUCAUUCCCCCAAGUAAAUCACACUUCUUCAGGACACAGAGUGAAUAACUCACUUCACUGAUUAUACCAGAUAAGGGUGGGUACAGUGUAUUAGGCAGGUCACACUCUUUUCAUGCCACUUCGAUACAAAGUUAUUUUCGUAGCAGGUUAGGAGAGCAUUUUUGCUAACCCUUUUUCUAACCUUAACCCUAGUCUCCUAACCUGCUAUGUUAAUUCUCCUAACCUGCUGCGUUAAUUCUCCUAACCUGCUGCGUAAUUUCUCCUAACUUUCUACGAAAAGGUCACUUCUGUAUCGAAGUGGCUUUAAAAGUGUUUCCCUAUAUUAGUAGGAUAUAAUUAGUCCUGUGUUUCUCUUUGACAUCAGGACAGGAAACCCCGGAACAUUCCCUGAGGCAUACAUCAGUAUGCAACACCAUUUAUUCAAACAACAUUCUCUCCCAAAUCAAAUUGUAUUUGUCACAUGCGCCGAAUACAAUAGGUGUAGACCUUACAGUGAAAUGCUUACUUACAAGCCCUUAACCAACAAUACCAUUUUAAGAAAAAAAAGUGUUAAGAAAGUAUUUACUAAAAUUAACAGAAUACAUUUUUUUUUUAAAUAAAAAUAAAUAAAGAAGCAGCAAAAAAAAUAACAGUAGCGAGGCUAUAUACAGGAGGUACCGGUACGGAGUAGUAUAUAGAAGGCUAUAUACAGGAGGUACAGAGUAAAUGUGAGGAGGCUAUAUACAGGAGGUACCGGUACAGAGUAAAUGUGAGGAGGCUAUAUACAGGAGGUACCGGUAUAGAGUAAAUGUGAGGAGGCUAUAUACAGGAGGUACCGGUACAGAGUAGUAUAUCGAAGGCUAUAUACAGGAGGUACCGGUACAGAGUAAAUGUGAGGAGGCUAUAUACAGGGUGGACCAGUACAGAGUAAAUGUGAGGAGGCUAUAUACAGGGGGUACCAGUACAGAGUAAAUGUGUGGAGGCUAUAUACAGGGAGUACCGGUACAGAGUAAAUGUGAGGAGGCUAUAUACAGGGGGUACCGGUACAGAGUAAACGUGAGGAGGCUAUUUACAGGAGGUACCGGUACAGAGUAAAUGUGAGGAGAAUAUAUACAGGAGGUACCGGUACAGCACAAUUGGCCCAGCGUCAUCCGUGUUUGGCCGGGGUACGCCGUCAUUGUAAAUAAGAAUUUGUUCUUAACUGACUUGCCUAGUUAAAUAAAGGUUAAAUAAUUAAACAUUAAGAAGGAAAUAAAUUGCACAAAUUAACUUUUAAGAAAGCACACCUGUUAGUUGAAAUGCAUUCCAGGUGACUACCUCAUGAAGCUGGUUGAGAGAAUGCCAAGAGUGUGCAUAGCUGUCAUCAAGGCAAAGGAUGGCUACUAUAAAAUAUAUUUUGAUUUGCUAAACACUUUUUUGGUUACUACAUGAUUCCAUAUGUGUUAUUUCACAGUUUUGAUGUCUUCACUAUUAUUCUACAAUGUAGAAAAUAGUAAAAAUAAAGAAAAACCCUUGAAUGAGUAGGUGUUCUAAAACUUUUGAACAGUAGUGUAUAUAGGGAAGUGAGAGUCUUAACUUAACCCCACCCCCUCACCACUCACACAAUACGAACACACCCUGCUGUGAGAAGGGACCAAAUUCUGAUAAGCUGCUGUAUGCUACAAUGGCAACAUUAGUCAACUAGAAAAGCAAAAAGGACUUUCCCUGGCUAAAGCCACACCCCCAGAAUGCUGAAGGAAGAGGGGCUGAUUGUCUGUGCUGAGAACAUAUCACACGCCAACCUCUCCGACUUCACACUCCAUUACGGCUGUUAAGAAAGGCAAAGCAUGACUGUGGACUAUGGGAUGUGUGCGCGUCGGCUGCUUCGAAGGUGUGUCAUCAUAUACCUGGUAUCGGUUUCGCUCAUUCAAAGUAAAGAUGUCACCAUGGUGAUAGGAGAGGUGGGUGGGGCUGUGACCCUCCCCUGUAUCUCUGACCUCCAGAGACUCCCAACCCACCUGUAUAUACAGAGACCUGACCCAGACGAGUUCAUUAAUGGCUACCAUAAGACGAGGGACUUACCAUCCCCUCACCCGGAUUAUGCAAACCGUACUCAAGUAGACCACACACAGGGAACGAUGAAGCUGUGGAGUAUACGGCUGUCAGAUGAGGGGCUGUACGAAUGCCACAUCGGAUACCCAACCAAGAACAACCAGGAGAACAUACAGCUCAAUGUGACAGCCAACUACAGCAUCCCCAAUGUAACAGUGGCCUGUGACAAUGGCAGAUGCUUGGUGACAUGUUCCUCCGACAACGGUUACCCUCGUAGGGAUGUUGAGUGGAGCCUGAACCCUCCUCUGAACCAGAGCCACUGGGGAGCAGUGAACAGCAGUGAAGUGAGAGACCCGGCCUCUAUGCUGUUCUCUGUCUUCAGUUCCAUAUCCGUCAACUGCUCCUCCGGACUCCGGCUGAACCUCAGCUGUGCUGUAGGGGGCGCCCUCUCACAGGAACACACUGUCUGCAGGCCUCCUGAUAUCUCUGUUGUCUCUGUGAUCUCUGCUGUCUCUGUGAUCGCUGCUGUUCUGCUGUGUUUCCUGGUGCUGGUGUCUAACAGCAAGAAAAAGAAGGCUCACACAGCCAGAGGUACUCAAGGAGGGAAGGGAGCAGCAAGUUCACAUGAAAAUGUACAGCUGACCUGAAGGAACCCAGAAACUUGAACAUUUGGAAGGCAGAAUGUAGAAGGUUCUAUCAUUUGAUAUGAUAAUUAUAAAUCUGAACUCAUUGGAUACUGCCUUCUAAUGGGACAUGGUAAAGGGGUUGCUGAGGUGACCUAACCAUUGCCUGGACUUGUUGCUGUUGGAAACUUGGAAAUGUUAGCUUUCCUCUACACGCUGGAUGGUAAGCUGGAGUUCAGGGGUGUUUUCACGGUGUUGAGGAAGACUGACAAUUGUAUAAAUAUUUAAAUAGUAUGUUCAAGUGACUGAGUUCCACAGAAGAACCAAUGAAAACUAGAAGUGCAAUGACUGUCCUCAAUGUGUGCACUAAACCAGGGUAUGUAGGGUAUGUAGUAUCCAAGGCAAUAUAUCUUGUAUUUGUAUUGUGUUUGUAUUAGGACUAGAGAUAUGCACUGCACUUUAGAGAAGUGUACACUUAUCAGGGAUUGACUGUAUUCAACUGACUGAUGAAUACUGGAAGUGAAUACUGGAAGUGAAUACAGGAAGUGAAUGUGUCUGUCCGUAGUAGAUCUUAUUUCAGAUCCAAUACCAGCCUCUCCCACUAGGUCCGAGUCCACCCCACAUACCCCACAUUUCUUUUUUAAGCGGGGCAGAUGAGCAUACAUGCGCUCUUCUUCUAUCGCACGUGAAAUGAUGUCAAAGGGGGAAAAAAACUGUUCUUUGUUUGAAGUAACGUCUUUGUUGUUGUAAUAUCGCAAAUGAACGUGGCAGUUUUCCCUCUAGAAUUCCAGAUUUAAGGACUUACAGGUGCUGGUUUUUCAGUGUUUGUGGGCUGAAGACGAAUGCUGAACGUGGGUAACAAUGUGUCUUGAUUCUUUUUGGAAUUAUUUUCAAAACAUUUUUGUAUGUAAAUAUAUGAAAUAUGUUGUUCUCGUGUAAGGUAAUCUUGAGGGCACAUAAUAUUUGUAUUAUUUUAUAUAAGUUAUGAAUAAGUUAUUAAUGUUAAAUUAUGUCUUUCAACUUUUUAAUAGCUAUUAAAAAUGGUCUACUUUGCUAUAAAUAAGUGGUGGAGCUGUUGACAACA